UUUUAAUCUUGAAGAUAAUAUGGGAGAGAAGGGCUCAAAUUCGGCUCAAAAUGAUGAAAUAGACAAAGAGAAUAAUAGACAAGAGAAUAAAAGCAGUGAUGAAACAAAACAACAAAAUAUUUAUGCAAGUAAAAGUGUAAUUGUCCAAGGAUUAUUAGAUAUAGCUUUGUUAACAUCAAAUGCUUCACAAUUAAGAUAUUUUUUAGUAGUUGGAAAGUACCGUGAUGACUAUCAAUAUAUGAUGACUAUGAUUGUUUCGUCGAUUAUAUUACAGUUUAUGGCUGGAAUUCUUUUUAUUAUUAUGGGAGCUUUGGAUACGGAAAGAAAAUUUGAACAAAAAGUAGCAGUUUACUUAAAUGAUGCAAUCUUUGUCAACGUUUUGUUAAUUUUCAUUCUAAAUGUUAUUAUAUCUGGAAUUGGAAUCAAUUACGUUUCAGAGGAAGAGAUGUCAAGAUCAGCUAUUGAACACAACGUUAAAAGUCUUAAAUAUAAAAUGGGAGAAAAAGACUCAAAUGCUACUCAAAAUGAUGAAAUAGAUGAAGAAAAUAAUGAAAAUAAUAGCAAUGAUGGGAUCCGCGAUGAAACAAAACAACAAAAUGUUUAUGCAAAUAAAAGUACUGCUGUCAAAGGAAUGUUGGAUGUAACUUUGUUAACAUCAAAUAUUUCACAAUUAAAAUAUUUAUCUCAAGUAAAGAAUGCUCACGAAAGGUAA